AUGGCUGCGAACGUCCUUAGAGAAGUGGGCUACACAUCACUUGCGGAUAUGGAGGGCGGAAUGUUGGCAUGGGAAGAGUCCUCCCCGCGCACCGCGGACAGCCCAGACCUCUCACUCGCCUACAGCGUCCCUGACCUCGCAUGCUCAAGCGCGGCACAGCCACCAGCUUCGACCAUCAACAAUCUGCUGCCCACGUCUCUCAGGGUGCUACCAGCGACGGUUGGUCGCGUGUUCGCCGUGUCGGCGCUGCUGCUCGUCGCGCUCUCCACCGUGUCGCGGUACCGCGACCUGCAGGCAGCCGCGAUCAUGGCGCCGCCGCCAUUCCCCGUGCUGCCGCCGCUGGAGGUCAAUCGGCUCGUGGAGCAGCAAGGCUACGUCUACCUGGACGUCAGAACGGCAGAGGAGUUCGCGCAGGUGCACGUGCCGGGCUCCGACCUCAUCCCCUACUUCAUCACCGCACCCGACGGCCUGUCGCAGCGGCAGGAGGUCAAACCUGGCAGCGUGGGAGAUGACUGCCCAGGGAUUCACAAGGCUCGUGGAUCUCAAGGGGGGUAUCAUCGCAUGGGAGCAGAGUGGGCUGCCUGUGGUGAGGCAGAGCAGCAAGCUUGA